AAGUAGCGUCAUUCUUUCCAUGCUUCUUACAUAAAGCUUGAAUCCCAGAUCUUACUGCUACUUCCUCUUCAUUAAUUCACAGUAUUAGAAGAAAAUUUAUUUACUACGCAGUAACCAUGAAGUACUUAUCUCUAGCUGUCUUAGCGGUUGCUGCCACAGGAGUACAAGCUCUUGCCUUCUCGUCUCUGGCUGCCUUGUCCCUGACGCUUAUGGGUAUGAACAAACCAGUCGUGGGAUUCUUCGGCUUCUUUCGACGACGUUCACCAAAACCAGCAUCCAUCAUAGAGGAAGUAUCACCCCAAGGACCGGUAGAAUUUCCACCAUCAAAUCUUCUUCAAAGCGGAGGUUUCUUCAGUCCAUUUGCCGGAGUUAACCGCGGUGGAUUGUUUCCCGACUUCGGGAAUGUUCCAGGUUUCCCAGGUGGUCUGUUUCAAAACUCGUUCAUGCCACAAUUCGGUCAACCAUCUUGGAGUUCUCCACCAAACAGACCUCCUUUCCAGCAGAAACCAGGACAAUUUCCACCUCAAAAUAUGCCUUUCCAGCAGAAACCAGGACAGUUUUCUCCCCAAAACAUGCCCUUCCAACCUCAACAAACUUUCCAACAACAGCAGCAACAAUUUGAGCAAGACUUUAACGAAAACUUUGAUUCUCAAUCGGAUUCUGAUCGUGAAGUUCGGUAUGAAGAUGAACCACAAAUUAACACAGAAGAAGCUGAAAGUUUCUUCACCCUUCUCGCCGAAACGGAUGAAAAUAAAUGCAUUUCCCGUCUUGUUUGCGAAAUGGGGGCUGAUCCAUUGAGUGCUGGAAUGCUUGGAACAACAGUUAGUGAUAUCAUAGGGUCUUUAACGGAUUUUCCAGAAGGCAGCAAAGUUCAAGAAUAUAACCAAAUCCUACAGAAAGGCCGAACAGAAGGAUUGUCAUCUUGUCAGUCUCAAUUUCCUUCAUGUGAUGAAGAAUCGUACCAGCUAAUGAAAAAUUCACAAAACGAAGAACCAUCUAAUGAAGCCUGAACUGGGAUAGUUUCUUAAAACCAAAGCAGCUGGUUUUUAAAAUGCUGAUGUAUAUAUAAAUUGAUUAAAACUUUUUCAUCACAUA